AUGUCCCCGCGCUUUUCAACCGUGGCGGUUAUUGGCGCAGGCCCAUCAGGCAUAUCGGCCGUGAAAGCUCUACAAGAAGAAGGUGUUUUUCGAAGGAUACGCGUCUUCGAGAGACGCAAAGAGAGUGGAGGAAUCUGGCACUAUGACUCCACGCCCGAGCCCUUUGUGGCUCCAGGAUCACCGACACAAGCACCGGUCAAAAAGCCAUCGCGACUCCCACAGCUACUGGCACCGGCCGCUGACGAUCUCAGUUCUCGUACGGCAAUUUAUGAUGGUCUUGACAGUAAUGUUGGUGCAAAGGCUAUGGCAUUCACCCACACGCCCUUUCCCCAGCACAAUUCUGCAUCGUCUACCAGGAAUCUCGGACCUCGCAAUCCAACGAGACCAUUUCGGGUGGUGAGAAAGUACCUGCAGGAUAUAUUCAAAGAUUACACUCAUCUUGCAUCUUUCAAUACGACCGUGGAACAAGUGGAGAAGAGGGAUGGGAAAUGGACCCUGACCCUUCGACAGUCAGGCCACUUGGAUAACAACUCUCUCGCUGAUUAUUGGUGGGAAGAGCAGUUUGAUGCCGUGAUUGUUGCAUCCGGGCAUUAUAGCGUGCCUUUCAUCCCGGAUAUUCCAGGGUUAACGGCCGCUCUUGCACUCCAUCCAACGGCAUUCGAGCAUUCUAAGGCAUUCCGGAACGCAGACAACUAUGUUGACAAACGUGUUGUUGUUGUCGGAGGCAGUGUAUCAUCCGCCGAUCUUGUCGCGGAUCUCCAUGCCGUUGUCAAAAGUCCACUAGAGCUGUCCCGCAGAGGACAAAACGAAGCCCUUCAAUCUGCGUGGGAAUUGCCCAAUGUCCGACAAAGGCCGACAAUUAAAGAGAUACUGGCACACAAGGAGGGAUUGGUCGUGAAGUUUUCUGACAACACGAUCGUAGAGAAGGUCGACAAAAUUAUUUUCGCUACGGGGUACACCUUGUCCUAUCCUUUUAUCGUACCGAACCCGGUCAGUCCCAACAACAGGCUGGUAGGAUUCUACCAGCACAUUUUCAAAAUAGGUGAUCCUUCCUUGGCUUUGGUUGGCCAGGUCCGCGCUGGGAUCAGCUUUCGAGUGUAUGAAUACCAGGCUGUUGCAGUUGCCCGAUACUUUGCCGGAAGGAAUGCUGCGCCUUUGCCGACACCAGCACAGCAGGAUCUUUGGGAAACCCAACGGCUUCAAUACAAAGGACAUACAGCUUUGUUUCAUGAAAUCAAGCCUGACUUCAGCGACUACUUUGCUUUUUUGACCGAGCUAGCAGGAACAGCCGCAGUGGAAAGCAACAGCUACACGCUUCCUCCUUGGGAGGAUCUAUGGGCGGAACAGGCUUUUGAGAUUCUCCAACUCAAAGAAAAGUACUGGAAAUCACUUCAAAGGGGAACCGGUGCAGUGCAGACGGCGUCAAAGCUAUAA